GAUAUGAAGAAACUUCUGUUGAUUGAUGCUGAUUGUGGUGUUGAUGAUGCUCAAGCUAUCAUGAUGGCUCUUGCAAAUCCCAGUGUAGAAGUCCUGGGGAUUACUUGCACUUAUGGGAACAACCUGUUGGAAAAUACAUCUAGAAAUGUGCUCCGUGUGUUGCAAGUUUGUAAUAAGCUUGAGAUUCCAGUUUAUCCUGGUGCUGCUGCUCCUCUACUUGGUGGACCUGUUACAGGCGCACAGUUCCAUGGUAAAGAUGGCUUGGGUGAUGUUCCUGAUCCUAAUGCCCCAGGAACAGAACUUCUGCAGAAAGAAAAUGCUGUGACUGCAAUAUUAAGAAUAAUCAAUGAGCGGCCAGGUCAGAUAUCUCUGGUUGCUCUUGGUCCACUGACGAAUAUAGCACUAGCAGUGAAAAUGGACCCAUCACUUCCCAAGAAACUUAAAAAUUUGUUCAUCAUGGGAGGAAAUACUGAAUCCAGAGGAAAUAUUAAAGUGUGUGGAGAAUUCAAUUUUGCAACUGAUCCUGAAGCUGCUUACAUUGUCUUAAAUGAGUACACCUGCCCAAUGUAUAUUGCAGCCUGGGAGUUCACCUGUGCCUGCUCACUGCCCUGGGAAUUCUACCAUGAAUGGGUGAAUCAGAAUACUGAGAAAGCCAGGUUCAUGAAGAAAAUAUUUGCUCAUUCUUUAAAAAUCGCAAAACCACACUUGGGGUUUGUUUCUUGCGACUCUUAUGCUAUGGCUGCUGCCAUUGAUGAAACCUUUGUCACAGAAGUCACAAUAAUCGGCGUAAGUGUUGAGCUCAGUGGCUCGCUAACUAGAGGAAUGAUGGUAAUGGAUUGGUCUGACCAUCUGAAAAAGGAACACAAAGCAUUUGUAAUGAAAAACUGUGAUUUAGGGAAAUUUCAGGAGCUCAUGAUGGAUGCUUUGAAAUAAAAUGGGCUUAUGAAGUUCUGUUCCAAAUAUUUAUGUUAAGUUACUGCUGCUGGGCAAACCAAGCUUUGCCUGAAAUGCUAUAAUAGCUGCCCAUGCAAAAGGUUCUAAUUGAAUUCUUUUCUAAUUGUUCUGAAGAAUAAAAAUAAUCUUUGAACAUUUUUGCCGGCAUGAAAGAUAUACAUUGAACUUCUUUUUCUCUUCC